AAAGUGAUAAAACCAGACAAUCCCAAAUGUAAAAGAAACAUUUUCCUAAAUACAACAAUUUCGAAAAAGACAAAGCAAAGAAAUAUUGUGAAAAAAAGAGUGAAACAUUCAGACCCAAAGACCAUAGCCAUAGUCAACACAGUUUCCUUCGUUCUUCUCAAUUCACCAACUAAAAAAUUUUGAAACUUUGCGUUGAUCACUGAUGGAUCCUCCGGCCAAGAGCUGGAGCAUCCACAUGCGCUCCGAGAUAACGGCCAAGUACGAUGUUAUUGGUCGGGUCGGGUCGGGUGCCUACGCCGACGUGUACAACGGACGGCGCCGCUCGGACGGUGCGGCGGUGGCGCUGAAGGAGGUGCACGAUUCCCAAUCGGCGUCUCGCGAAAUCGAAGCCCUGCGGAUCCUGAAAGGGUCCCAAAACGUGGUCGUUCUGCACGAGUUCUUCUGGCGCGAGGACGAGGACGCGGUUCUCGUGCUCGAGUUUCUCGGAACCGACCUCGCCGCCGUGAUCGGAAAAGGUGGUGUCGGAGUCGGUGAGGUUAAGAGGUGGAUGGUGCAGGCUCUGACUGCUGUGGAUGAGUGCCACCGGAAUAUGAUCGUUCAUAGAGACUUAAAACCCGCGAAUUUUUUAGUUUCCGAUGACGGGGUGCUCAAGUUAGCAGAUUUUGGACAGGCAAGGAUACUAGUGGAGUGUGGAUUCGAUGGUCACCAGGAAGAUGAUGAUGCUUCAAAUAGUGAAAGAUCACUCCAACAACAUCCUGAAGCUAUUUCCCAACUAGACAACUUAAAUCAAACUGAAGAAUAUUUCAGAGUUUUAGAUGAGAUGAAAACCAAGAGCUACUCUUAUGACACUGACAAGGAAGCAAAUAUCCAUGAUGGAAACACCUCAUGUCUUGCAACAUGCACAACGAGUGACAUAGAUGAUGAACUUAGCAAAGGUUCUUUUACCUAUGAAGCUGAGGAGGUGGGAGGGAAUGAACUUGGCUGUCUGACAUCAUGUGUUGGAACACGCUGGUUUAGGGCUCCUGAGUUACUGUAUGGAUCCACAGACUAUGGUGUAGAGGUUGAUCUUUGGUCAUUGGGGUGUGUUUUUGCUGAGCUCUUAACAUCGAAGCCAUUGUUUCCUGGAACAAGCGAUGUAGACCAGCUUAGCAGAAUUGUGAGUGUUUUCGGGAACAUUAAUGAGGAAACUUGGCCUGGUUGUUCCAAACUUCCUGAUUAUGGAAAAAUCUCAUUUUUCAAGGUGGAAAACCCAAGUGGUCUUGAAGCAUGCUUGCCCAGUUGCACGCCUGAUGAAGUUUCCCUAGUCAAAAGACUGGUUUGUUAUGAUCCAGAUAAGAGAGCCACAGCAAUGGAGUUACUUCAAGACAAGUAUUUCAGUGAAGUACCACUUCCUGUUCCAGUUUCUGAGUUGUGGGUUCCUUUGAUUAGUAUUGGACAUGAGAAGGAUCGCCCUGGAGGGCACAAUGAAAUGGGUUCUGAUUCUGAUUUGGAGGAGUUUAGAACUUUGAAUAUCACCACAAUUCCUUGAACUCGAAGGAUGUGAUGCAACUUGAACACUGUUUAAUAUUUAUCUGUAAAAAAUGGAAUUCAAGUCGCAUCACAUUCUUGGGACAGAAUUUGUCCUGUGUUCUAUUGGUAUUUUAUUUGCUGAAUAUAUCACUAGUGCAAUCCGUGGUUGGAUUCUUUGGAAUAAGAAUAUCUUUUGGCAAGAAUUGUGAGUAAAGGAUAAAGUAUUGAAAAAUAAGCUUAUAAUAAAAUAGAAUUGUUGUUGUUUU